AGCAAGGCCGUAUCUCCGAUGACACGCAUGCGUGUUUCACAAACGCACUGCUCACAUUAUGCGGGAGAAAUUACGGCUAGGUACGGAUCGGGGUCAACUCACUGCGAUUCGCAUGUCACAGUACCAAUUUUGGCUCCAACAAUUCGCGGGUUGGACCGCUAAGCAUCGGGGAGGCUUGCCAAAAAUACAGCUGCACUGCAGUAGCGGCUUGGAGUGCAAUGCGGCUCCCGCUCAUUGUCAUACGGGGAGGUCGAUACCGACCAGUACCGCCUCGCCACCCGACGCGGUCGGACGUUACACGAUAUUGUUAACGCGCCGGUCAAUCGCGCGACCUGCGAACACAAAACGCUUUUAUUUAUAAACAAAUUCACGUUCCAAUUGAAAAGGGUGAUUGUUUUUGUGAAUGUGUAGAGAAAUACUAGCCACGUGAAAGCGCUCGGUUUGUGGAUGUUACAUAAACAGAGAAUAUUUGGCCAUCAGUGAAUGUAAAGUGUCAACACUCAACACUGGCAGGCGUACCACGUUCCGAUUCUAAAUUCAAACUCUGAUGAGAACCAAAGUGAAAAACAGUGCAAAGAAAAUUUUCCGCUAAAAUGGGGAGAAGAAACCUGAGUAUGCUGCGGUUAGGACGCUGCGUGGCCUUCCUGGCUGCAGCAGCCUUCCUGCUACCAUUCACGAUCCUGCUGAUGGUCGCUGAUCAGCAGUACAACCUGACCUACAACUCAAAAAGGGUGUUCUACCAAGAGAGCGACUUCUAUAAAAUUAACGAGACGUAUUACAAUCCCGCAUUUGCGAUAACAACACCUACAUUAUCAAAACAGUUCAUCUUCGAGAACGGGACUCAUGAUGAGGGGCUCCUCACCAGAGAUAAAUUCAUGGAGGUGAACGCUCGGAUGGAGGCGCGUCAUGACUAUCUGAAGAGCCAGUGUUCAGCUCUGGGCUUGGACAGCUAUAGCUAUAAGGCCAAUGCAUGGGAGUUUUUAAUCAACAGGCAGUACCAUGUCAUUUGGUGUAACGUCUUCAAAGCAGCCUCCACAUCCUGGAUGUACAACUUCAACCGCAUGGCGAACUACACAGCGGAGUUCCUGAACAAAACCAAAGAAGUGCCCUUGAUACUUGCUCGCAAGAAGUACGGGAGGCCGACAGUCGCGAUGAUCAAGAAGGCUCAGGCGGACUCUAUAACGUUCCUCAUUGUUAGGCAUCCGCUGGAGCGGCUGGCGUCGGCGUAUAAUGACAAGAUUAUGCACGCUUGGCCGAAGUCCUUCCAUGAGAAGAUGGGGCAGAAGAUCAUCCGGGUGUUUCGAAAGCCAAGCAACGGUCACCCGACACCUACAGAGAGGUAUCCAGUAUUCGAGGAGUUUGUCGCAUACGUGCUGGACGAGUGGAAGUCGAAAAGGACCCUGGACAUGCACUGGACCCCAUACACCGACUUCUGCACGCCUUGCCAGUUCAACUUCGAUGUCAUUUUGAAGUUCGAGACGUUGGAUGAGGACCAGCGGUUCCUGAUCCAACUGGCACGCCUUCAAAAAGUGGUGAGACCAGAAUGGCGGAACAGUGGUAAAGGUCCAGGGACCCUCAACAACAUCAGCCACCUUUACUCCAGGAUCACCAAGACACAGCUGGAAGACCUGUACAAGAUGUAUAAGCUAGACUUCAAACUCUUCAACUACACCAUAGACAACUACUACGAGAUAGUGAAACCCGAUGAGACAAGUAAGAGAUGAACAAGCCGAGGGCUCUCCAGCGCCACAGCAGCCGUUAGCGGCAAGACUGAUCAUUGAGUGAUGAAGACGACGAUCCGACCCAGGUUAUUGUUAUUUAUGUGAUAUCAAAGUUCAAAAGAUUUUCAUGUUUUAGCCCAUUGCGACGUUCAUGUCAUGUUUGGCUGAGGUUUGUUAGAAGGUGUGCUUGUUAAGUGGUUAAAGCAUUAAGAUACUUCCUUAGUUGUUCAGGACACAGUCGAUGCGCAAG